AUGAGCGACGCGAACCCUCCCAGAGUCGAACUUUUUGUGAAGGCGGGGAACGACGGGCAGAGCAUCGGGAACUGUCCUUUCUCUCAGCGACUCUUCAUGGUCCUGUGGCUGAAAGGAGUGACCUUCGACGUGACCACGGUCGACAUGAGGAGGAAGCCCGAGAUCCUGAAGGACCUGGCGCCCGGGGCCCAGCCUCCUUUCCUGCUCUACGGCAACGAGGUCAAGACGGACACCAACAAGAUCGAGGAGUUUCUGGAAGACACCCUCUGCCCUCCAAAAUAUCCACGUUUAGCCGCUCGUAACCCAGAAUCCAACACUGCAGGAGUCGACGUCUUCUCCAAGUUUUCUGCCUACGUCAAGAACUCCAACCCACAAAUGAACGACAACCUGGAGAAGGGCCUGCUGAAAGCCCUGAAGAAGCUGGACGACUUCCUGGGUUGUCCACUUCCUGAUGAGAUCGACGAGAACAGCGCCGAUGAUGUCACUUCCUCCUCGCGCAGCUUCCUGGACGGAGCGGACCUGACGCUGGCCGACUGCAACCUGCUGCCCAAGCUGCACAUCGUCAAGGUUGUGUGUUUGAAGUACCGUAAGUUCAGUAUCCCAGAGUCGCUCUCCAACCUGUGGCGUUACCUGAACGCAGCCUACGCCCGCGAGGAGUUCGCCUCCACCUGCCCCGUGGACGACGAGAUCCACUUCGCCUACUCCUCAGUGGCUAAAGUGCUCAAGUAG